GAUCGUGGCAUUAGCCAAUUGGCAUUGAUCUUGUGAUAGGUGAAUUGAUCGCCUUUCUUAUGUACCAUGUCUUCUUUCCAUUCUUUAAUACUGCAGGAUUAUUAGGUUUGUUUCAAUCGUUCUUGUUUGAAUCGCAAAUAGGUGUGUAAACCGACGCGUGAAUGAGAUGCUCAGGAACUUUCGAGUUUGAACUUGGCUAUUAAUUUGAAAGAACGUGCUUUUAUUUCACUGUAUCCUGAUCAAGUACUUUCAUAAACUAUGUAACUUAGCAUGGCGGGUGUAAUUUGCGACAAAACGUCUCAGUGAUCAGCAAUACAGGAACUUCAAGAUUAUGUGGGGUAUUAUCGAAGUUGAUACCGUUUUCUUGUCACGAAAUGGAAAAGAAAUAUAGUUCUACUGAGAGACAUUUUGUCGUAGCUAUGGAUUUUCUUUGUACGUUCGAUGAUACAACUGCGUAACUUUGAAUCUGUACUUUUAUCGACUAUUUUGAGUUAAGUAGUUUUGAAGUCGCAGAUCUUUGGACACCUUUCUGGUUCUUUGUUGUAAAUUUGGAAUUAAAGAAGGAAGGAUACCCUGACAGCAUGAUGAACGGAAUGAAUGGACUAUCGGAUAGUCACUACUACAGCAAUUUGCUGAACGAGUAUCGGAUGACCAUUGAUGAAUUGAAGGCCGAGUUAAUUCAAGAGCGAGAUGAACGUAUGGCCGAGAAGUCUGAGUUCGAUCAUAAGAUUGCAGUGAUAAUGGAGGAACGAGAAAGAUAUGAUACCUUACAUGAACUGGAGAAAGAGAGUUCUAUGAUUCAACUCAAGAUGGAAGGAAUGAAAUGGCGACAAGAGAGGGCGCAACUAUUCAAUCGAAUUGAUGAGGUCAAAGCCAAAAUGACUGAUCUUGAAAAGCAGGCUGGUGGAGAAGUGAAACACUCGACUCCCGGUUCUAGUCCCGUACAUUCCCAACGUGAAGAGUCCCAGAAGCUUCUACAACGUCUAGAAACAGAGGUGGAAGGAUUGGAUGGUGAAUGUUGGAAGUACAGACAACUAGCUGAUGGACUGAAGAACAAGAUGGAAAGGUUAACUGCCCAGAACGAGGAGCUCAAAGCUUCAAAUGAUAUCCUGAAUCAAGAAAGAACUAUUCUGCAUGCCAAACUAUCCAACACUGAACAAGAGAAAUCAGAAAACGAGGUGCGAAUCAAAAGAGAACGAGAAAUAUACGAGAUGGAGCGAGAUAAGCUCCGAGAUCUUCAAAUGGAACGAGAUGAGUUAGAGAGGAUACUCCAGCCAUUACAGACAAGGAUUGACCACUUAGUCGCUGAUAGUGAAGCAGUUCUGAAUAAGAAAGAGCAGUUAGAAAACAGUGUAAGGACUUUAAGUGCUAUGCUUGACGAAGCUGAGGAAGCAAGACAACGUGCUGAAAACGCUCUGAAAGAAAGCGAGCAUAAUAUGCAAAACGACUCUAGUAGAUUAAGACAAGAAUUUGAAGAAGAAUUCAACUUGAGAGUGAAGGACAAGAAUAUGAGAAUUGAUGAUUUGGAAAAGGAAGUGAGGACUAAGUCGAAAGAAAUUGAAAAUCUAAAUGAAAGAUUAAAAUCUCUUGAGCGUGAUCUGGACGAAAGUAAAAAAUCACUAGAUGACUUCCAGAAGAAAGAUGUCGCGGAAAAGCAACGGGGUAGUCCUAGCGGAAGUCCAAAGGGAAGUCCGACAAGGGACCCGGAGCAGCUCCGACAGAAGUUGGCUACCAAGGAGCGUGAGUGGUCUCAACAGAGAAAAUGCUUUGAGGAUACCGUGGAUAGACUUAACAGUACCCUCAAAGCCAGAGAGUCGGCCUGGGACAACGAACGUGAAGAUUUAAAGAACGAUCUUACUAAAGCUCAGCAGGAUCGUAAGGAUAAAGAAAUUUCCUGGAAUGCUGAAAGGGCUAAGUUGUUGAAAGAGAUCGCAGAUCUCAAAGCUUCUUUGAGUAAGAGCGAAUCAGAGAGUAAAAGGCAGGUGAAUGAACUCAGACAACGGCUUGAGGCAGCCACGGAACUUGUAGAAACUUAUCGUUUAGGUGAGACUAAGUUCAAAGAGGAAAGGCGUCGACUACUUCAACAGAUUGAAGACAAAGAGUCUUCCGUCCAAGUCAAGCAAAAGGAAAUAGAGCGAACACAAACACAGCUAAGCAACCAGCAGAAGCGACUGGAACGAGUCCGUGUCGAGAUCCUAGACCGUUUCCAACGGGAGGAGAAGGUAUGGAAAGCGGAGAUUACUGCCUGCAAAUUCAAGCUUGAGGCGGAGACCAAGUACUUCAACGACGAAGUGGGGAGUUUGCAGAAACGACUGGAGAAUGAGUCUAAUGAUUACCAAUCCCAGAAGGAACAGUUGAACGAAUCAAAGACGGAGCUUGAUCGAUUGAGAACUAUUGUUGAUAAUACAGACAAGGAAAAAGAGGCUCUUAGGAGUGAGAGGGAGAGGGAGAACCUCGCUGCCAAGAGGUCUCGUCAAGUCUUGGAGAAUGCUCAACAAGAGAAAGAGAAGCUAGCAACAAGUCUGAGUCAAGAGAAACAUAGAAGAGAGAUCUUACAGAAGAGUUAUGCCAGCGAGAAAGCAGGCUGGGAAGUAUCUCGUAAUGAGAUGAUGGCCAAGAUCGCUCGGCUUGAACAGCAGACCAAACUAAAGAAGGUUAAGCUUGAAGAUCUCCAGGCACGGCUCCAGGCCUCCUGGGACCAGGAGCGAAGUGAACACAAACGGAUCCUUACAGAAGCAAACUACCGAGUGAUGGAGAUGCAGAAGGAAAUGGAGAGAAGAGACAGCCAAAGGAGCAGAGAAGGGUCGGGCUCUGAGGGCGUCCUUGCAAAGAAACUUCUGGAAGACGAACGAAGGAAGUCGACCGAACGUAUUCACGAGCUUGGUGCCGAGUUGCAGAAGUCCAAAGACGGCCACAAGCGAAUCGGUCAACUAGAGGCUAGGUAUCAAAGAGAUCGAGAGCUGUGGAGGAAAGAACGAAGUGAUUUACAAAAACGACUUCAAGACUGUCUAGCCACUAGAAGAUUAGAACACAAUAAAAUCGACAGUUUUAUACAAGAUCUUCAGAAUCUAAAAGGAGCUGUUGAAGCAACGGAUCGUCUGACGCGAACAGAUAUUCAAAAUGGCGGUCGACAUGAGCAAAUCAUCGUAAGUGUACAGACACAAAAAACCGUUGUCAAGACAACAGAAACCAAACCACUUCAAAAGGCACCACCUCCCGCUGAAGAAAACAACGCCAUCUAUCGGCAGCUUCGUAAACAGGUUUCAGAGCCUUCCAAUGUGUGUACUGCUGCAGCUGAGAAGUCAAAUGAUGUGGUUAACUCCGGUUCAGCACCGGUUAUUACCCAUAGACAUUCGACAUCCGAAAGACCGGCAACAUUUACACUCGAUGAGAAUGCCAGUCCAUCUGCACGUACUGGAAUUGAAGAAAGAUCCAAGUCCCAGUCGGACAUGACACGACGAGACAGUGGUCCACCACCCAAACCACCCGCCAAACCACCACGACAGUUUAGCCAAAAAGAUGAGUCAUCAAGCAGUACUUCAUCCAGGAUGACGUCACAAGCAGCUACCACACCAAGACAACAAACACAAGGAGAGUAUCUACAAAGCAGACGAUCACAGUCAAGGAGUGCAGAGGUCUUGACUUCAUCACCCACGAAAAGCCCUCGAAGCCCGGUGAAAGUUAUCUCAUCGGACCCCGUAGGGGGCGGGCUAGAGAUAGCCACAACGAAACCCACCAAAGCUUCGACAAAAGUGAAGACGGUUGUCACUGAAACCAAAGAAAGAAGAACGCAGGCACCUCCCACGACUAAAAUCGAAGAAACUGAACGUGCAAAAUGUCAAGAAACGCACUUUGGGAAGAUUCCGCAUGUGACUAUUAUUGACAAAGAUAAUACGCAGUCGGGAAAGAAAACAACAGUGACAGAGAUUGUCCAGGAAUCCAAAACUACGGUUCAAGAAUCUAAAGUGCCAGUUGCGUCUUCCACCCCUGAUGUGUCUCAGAUAGGGAGCAGCACCUCUAGAAGACCACCACAAGUAAGCAUCACAAGGUCUGUAAGCGAUCGCCGACAUGACGCUGAUAAACCAACUAUAGUAGUGAAGCAAGGGCGGUUUGACGUAAUGGGUCUUCUGCGAGAGACUGACCGUAAAACCACUCGACCCCGCAGUGAAAGCCCUUCUCGAGUUGAUCUUCAAAUUCGGUUAGCAGAAAUAGAUAAAAAUCGCGUAAUGUCUACUAAGAUGAUGUUUGAAGGUAGCCAGCCGUCACCUAGUGGUUCUGCUCCCGCACUCCAGAGACGCUCGGCUAGUACAGACUCUCCAUGUGUGUCAGACACCGAUAGUGAAAGACACACAGACAGUGAACUCGUAGCACGGAGUCCAACUAAUCGCCAGUUAUCACCUUCAAUAUCGGACAGUCGACUACCAGGUGAUAGUAGGGCCGCUAGUGGAGCAUCACCACAAAUCGCUAGAGCGCAUGAGAGUAGAUCCUCUGAACGUCCUAAAUCUAUGUGUGCUAAUAUAGAUAGAAAAUCAAAAACCUCAAGUGAGGGAGACAGUUUAGGUCGUACUUCUCCUUACCCAAACCCUCCGCCUGGUUUUCUUUUACCAAAGCAUAUUAAUGGAACAACGAGCAAACCGUCCGUUGCGACUAGUCCGACCGUUGCUGCUGCUAGGGGAGUGUCUACUGAACCUCCCAGAGGAAAGUCGUAUAAUGUACCUAUACCACCGAGUGAGCUAGGGUCUUUCGGCGAGGGCCCUCUAACUCAUAUACCUGGACAAUUACCAAGGACAAAGAGUCAACUCCAGGCACAAACUAAACAACCUAUGCCACCACUUUCUAAUAAGACUCCUCCAGAAUCCCCAAAGCAUGGAAGCGAAAGAGGGAAGCGAGUUUCCCCGCGCUCUGCUCGGGCACAGUUUUUCUCUGAAGCGCCCUCACCAACCUCUAACAAAUCCUUGAAAUCUCAGGUGGCUGCACAAGAGCGAAAAACAUCAAAUAAUAACAACAACGCUACUGCCGCUGUUCAACAACAUCCUACAACAUCUUCAGGAGCUUCCUCAGCACCUACAUCCUCAACCAAGUCAAGAGGGACUGGUAGCAGCUCACGGGCAAGCAGUAGCAGUGGUGCUAAGGGGGCUUCAGGUGGCACUGUUAAAGGCGGAUCUGGAUCUAGCAAAUCAGAUGUAGGCACAAGUACUAGGUCGUCUCACCAACCACCCAGCAAAGCUUCCCCAUGGAGCGCAAGUCCUGCUGUCAGCAUACCCCAACAGCAAAGAAUGGGAACCCAGCCGGCAACCAAACCUAAGAAGAGCAAGUUUUCAUCUAAGUCUUCUAAGAAAUAAUAGCAAUUUCAGUAUUCAAUUUAUUGAACUUUUAUUUAUUCUGUGUCGUUAAGUAAUUACUUUCUGCAGAAAUAUCCAACGUCGAUUUCAAUUAACAAUCUCUGUAAAGAAAAAAAUUUGAUUUAAGGUAUAAGUAAAUCUGUUCGUAUAAAAUUGUGAGUGAAACAAAGAAACUUGAAAGCCUGAAGUCUGUACCAGAGACAGAUAUUGGCGAUAAUACAGAAAACGUUGAUUGUGAAUUGAUGAGGUUUGUCGUCUAUGCAUGUAAAAACCUUUCUACAACCAUGCAGAAGAGAUAUUUUUAUGAUCCUGAUUAGUUUUACUUGUCGAAUGUAAGAGAUAUAAAUUUAGAAUUAGAUAUUCUUACAGCAAUAUUGCAUGAAUUUAAUUGAUUUUAAUUAUUAUCAUAGCUGAUUAAUGUGCAAUUUAUAGCUGCAGGCUUUGUUGCUAUUGGAGUAUUUGGGAUGUCGUCACAUUUUUUUUCAGUCUCGGGACUAUCAUUUUUAAGCGGCUGGAUGAAGAGUCUACUAUAUAUUUUCUUAAUAGACAAGCAAAAAUGUAAACCACUCACUCUGUAAAAUAAGGAUGAUUUGAAUUGGUCAAAUUGCUUAAUAUGUAAACUUCACAGUUGAGUGCAGUUGUUGCUGAAGAAAAAGAGGGAGAAUCGUUAGAAAUUAUUCGUGAUUGUCAGUUGCAUUCCAAAUGUUUGAUUUUGUCAUUUAAUGCCUUUGCAAUCAAUUAAAAUGGGCACGACAUAGCUAUUGUUUCAAUACGUUGGUUGAACUUCAAACGUUCCUCUUUGCUUUUAGUGUGUAGACCAAUAUUUUGCUUGAUAGUAUUAAGACCAAUAAGUUGCUUUGACCAAAAUCCAACCACUGCUUUUCGUUUUGUAUUCCACUCUCUUUCUCUCUUUAUUUAUUCAUUUUCGUGCGCUUUGGGGGGUAGGGUAUAAUUAGUGUAUAGGUUUGGCUGGAUCACCAAUCUCAUACAUGUGCUGACACAAAUAAAGCCCCAUCCUUUCAAAUUUGUUGGUUUUUCAAUAUAUUAGUCAUCUGAAAAAUAUAAUGUUAGGUAAUUUGUUCAUAUUUGUUAAACAUUGAACGCAAAGUGAUUUCCCAAAUUUUCUGUGUCUUUCCCCGUUUUAUUAAAAUGUUGUGUUGCAAGCUUGCUCGCUUGGAUUAAUUGAUCACAAAACGCAUUCUUAUUAUUCAUGUCUUACUGUUGUUGUUUUUUUCUUCAAUUUUAUAAGUGGCAUUUUAACAUAGAUAAAACCUUGAGAAACAAAAUAAGUUGCGAAUUUCCUUUUGAACUCAAAGAAGUCAUUCUCGAUAACAUGCGUUCGUUGGAGCUUAGAAUUCGCUGAGAAAUGAUUAGUAUGACUUCAUUGUACUUAAUUAUUGCAUAAGAUAGGAAGUUAUUCUUCAUACAAUGUUGAAUGUACAUUACUUUGUUAUUUAUUGAAAUUUGACUGUUUUAAACGUAUUCAUAAAACUACAGUCAAUUGUACAUAAAGGUCAUCAUAGAUGAAACAGUAGUUCAUAUUUUGGUAUGGUGUAAAUUCUGUUUUAUUAUCGUGGAAGGUUUUCUCGUUCAUUUUUUUGUGUGUAAGUUGAAAUUUAUGUUAUGUGUAAGUCUUAAAUUAUGUUACAAAUACUUAUUCAGAUUAUUUAGUACACUAGUAUUCACAUUUACUUUUACAUACCAAAUUUUAACCACCACUUUGUUGAAAACCGUUUAUUUGAGAAGUGUGAAUAUUUUAUUGUAAUAGAAACUAUUAUUUUCAAUGUUUAUUCAGUUUUCAUAAAUUGGUCACGGUCUUUGAAAAACAAAAGUUGUUCUUCAUCUAGACAUUAUGAGGAAGAUCUUUUUAACUUAGACUUAUAUUAUUGUUUGCAAUAAUUGUCUUAUUGGAAAGUAUAGACUAAAGUUUACAAUUUUUAACACAACAUUGCAUAGUCAUCUUUCACGGUCGCCCAUUCCAUUAAAUUCAAUUAUGAAAUGAACCAAAGACAAAAAUGUUCAAGUGAUAAAGCUACCAAAUGAGUUCACUUUAAAUCGUACCUUCACGAGGUCACGUGGUAUCUUUCAUUAAAUGGUUUCCCCAAAUUGUAAAAUUAUCAUAAAGAUUUUUAGAUAUUUUAAAUCACUUCUCACUAGAAAGAGUAAAUUUGCAUCUAAUACAUGCAGCUAUAUGUGUAAUUGGUAGAUAUGCCGAGUAUCUUACCCACUUAUAAAGAAUGUCAAGAGCAUCAUCUUCUAAUGGCAAUGGUCUGGUGUCUCUGUAUUUCCGGCUUUCCAACGUUUGCAUACUGCAAACAAAUAGUGUAAAUCCACACCGAUCAGUGUUGUGAUGGAACCAAGCAUUCAACAGCAGUGUUAAAUAUAUUGGCGUUUAAUAUGAGUAUUGUAUCAACACUAUUCGGUGUUAUAUUCCAUGGUGUAUUUAUACCAGAUGGUGCUCGCACAGCAGUGUUCUAUUCAACACCAUGUUGUUUUACAGUGUAUUCAGUCUGAGGUUAGAUCACGAUGUCAGUAGAUUUAUAUGAUUAACAUAGUCUUGAUACAGCUAUCAUUGUUAUAUAUCAUGGGAUCCAAACGCUCGAUACAUUGAUUGGUUGAAUUUUUAGGCAAGAAGUAAUAACUUUUUAUUUGGAAAUAUACAUAGAUGAAAUAAUGAAUAAAUUACGGAUACCCGAGUGUCAAGGGAAAUACGAUAGAAUUAUAAUGUAAAAAAAAAAACCUUGACGAAAUAAUGGACAAAAUUAAUGAAAAUCAUUACAGACUUAUAACAGUAUGGCGUCCUUGCUUUGACUGUCUUUAAUUCAGUACAGACGUGGUAGCUAUGUUCAUUUUGAUUUUCCUAUUUUAGAAAGGAUCGUACUUAAUUGUUUUGACUAUACUCUUUCUUUUUUUUUGAAGAUUCUAUUGUAAGGCUUUAUAAACUAUAUGAUUUGUAAAUCAUUUCUAAUCAGCUAUGUAGUAUGAAAUAUGACACUAUGCCAUAUACAAUAUCAUUUUGAUUCCGGUAAUUACAACAAAACGUUUAAAAAAACUGAAUUACUAAUCAAUAAAGGCACAUUUGUGCUUUUUGUAUGAAAAUA